AAUGAUAAAGGCGUGAUGCUUGUGCAGGUCUACAGUUCUACAUUCAAAUACAAUCCCUUCAAAGGAACAGCCGAUUGCUGCUGCCAAUAUGAGGGACCGGCAAAAUGGCGAAGAGUCGUGCAGUAGAAACUGCAGAGAUUCUGAAGGCCUUGCAAAUAGUCUAACAAGAACCAUGCAGGCUCAGCCAAGAAUUGCCCUAGCCAAAACAGGAAAGGUUGUGGGUCCAGUUUUGGCAUAUGAUUCUGGAAAUAAAGAAAAAUAUGAUCCUAGGUCUCAAGUCAGGAAUACAGUAUUCCCCUCUCAGAUUAUGCCUUCAGCAUACUGUUAUGACAGAAGUGGCAUGGUGAAGCAAGAAAGGCCUGUUGUGGAAACAGAGAGGGACGUGAGUUCUCAUGCAAAGCCAAUGCCACCAUGUGGCAUGGCUGCCAAGUUAGCCCCAGAUAUUGCUAUAAAUAUUGAUAGCAACCCAUUCUAUAUGAUGCGAGCUGGAGUCACGAAACCAGAUCGUGUUGAGGACAGAAUUACCAUCGACACAAACUUAUUGCAGGCGAAAUCUCAAUAUGGUGGAAUUGGAGUUGCUGCAGCAGCAGCUACUACUGCUGCAGCUCAUAGAAAAGUAGGGACUGUUCAGUAUGGUAUCUCCAGGAUGUACUAGAAAAUGGCUCAAGUGGUGAAUGGUGUAUGAUUUUUUGAGACGAACACUCUGUUGAGUGGGAAAGUUCUUUUCAGAAAUGGGGAGGAAAAGCUCUGCGACCAAAGGGUAUGGUGAUUGUACAGGCAGGGAAAUCUGCGGGGAUCUCGUCCUCUUUCUAAUUGUCAGCUUUUCUUAGUUAUCACAAGACUGAUUGAUAUUUUCAUCAUGAGAUUCAUGUUAGUGAAAUCAUACUUUGAUUACCUGAUGGUAGUUUGUGUAUGGCCAUGAUUCAUUACCCA